AUGAAUAAAGAAAAGGAGAACAGUGUUGAAACAGAGAGUGAAACAAGUCAUGAUAGAAAAAUGGAGAAUAGUAGAGAAAAUGAUUAUCCACCAGUUUCAUUAGAGAUACAAACAGGUUUGAUAAGAACUCCUCACAUUCAAGAAUCUCAACCAAUUUCUCUAAAGAAACAAAAUGGUUUAUUUACAAAUCCUCAUUUAUCACCAAUCUCCUUAGAUAAACCAACCGAUACUCAUAAAACUCCACAUUUACCACCACAAAUAAAUCCUCCUAUUGAAACCAAACCAUCUCAACACUAUGAUAAUAAUAACAAUAAUAAUAUUAAAUCUUUAAAAACAUCUUCGAAAAAACCAAAAAAGAAAUUUAAAAUUUGUAAAGUAAAAGAUGACACAGCUUCUUUAAUAAUUUUAAUAAGGUCAAGAGCUAGAGUAUAUGGUCUAGUUUCAAUUCUACUUUUUUUUGUUUUGUUGGGUGUUUCAUUACCAGUUGUACCAGUGGUUGUUGUAUUUUUAAAAAAUAAAUGUGAUAAUUGUACCUACUACAGCGGAGAUGAUGACUAUGAUUAUGAUUAUUAA